CCUUUCUUCGUGGACCAUAACUGCCGAGCCACCACCUUCAUCGACCCCCGGCUGCCUCUCCAGAGCACUCGGCCCCCGAGCCUCUUGACUCACCGCCAACACUUGACUCGCCAACGCAGCCACAGCGCCGGGGAGGUCAGCCCACGACGACUUGUCGGUGAAGACCCUCGUCAUGCCGGCCCUCCCGUUGUGCCGCGGCCUCCCAGCACCUUCAACUCCACUAACAGGGGGCAGUGCCAAGAUAUUGUGCCAGUGGCUUACAACGACAAGAUUGUGGCAUUUCUUCGACAACCAAACAUUUUUGAGAUUCUUCAGGAGCGACAGGCCGACAUCACCCGGAACCAUUCACUCAGGGAGAAGGUGCAGCUGAUACGAACAGAUGGAGUGUCAGGAUUGGCCAGGCUGUCAGGAGAUGCAGACCUCGUCAUGCUGCUAAGCCUGUUUGAAGAUGAAGUCAUGUCAUACGUGCCUCCUCACGCCUUACUUCACCCCAGCUACUGUCAGUCCCCUCGGGGAUCCCCCGUCUCCUCUCCACAGAACUCACCUGGAACUCAGAGAGCGAACGCCAGAGCUCCAGCUCCUUACAAGAGAGACUUUGAGGCCAAACUGCGCAACUUCUACAGAAAGCUUGAAACUAAGGGUUAUGGCCAAGGACCAGGCAAACUAAAGUUGAUCAUUCGUCGUGACCAUCUGCUGGAAGAUGCCUUCAACCAGAUCAUGUGCUAUUCCCGCAAAGACCUGCAGCGCAGCAAACUCUACGUCAGCUUUGUUGGGGAGGAGGGAUUGGACUACAGCGGGCCCUCCAGAGAGUUCUUCUUCUUGGUAUCCAGGGAGCUGUUUAACCCUUAUUAUGGUCUGUUUGAAUAUUCUGCCAACGACACUUACACUGUUCAGAUCAGCCCCAUGUCCGCCUUCGUAGACAAUCACCAUGAAUGGUUUCGGUUCAGUGGUCGUAUUCUGGGUCUGGCUCUAAUCCAUCAGUACCUGCUGGAUGCCUUCUUCACCAGACCUUUCUAUAAAGGCCUGCUGCGCAUUCCGUGUGACCUGAGUGACCUGGAGUACCUGGAUGAGGAGUUUCAUCAGUCUCUUCAGUGGACAAAGGACAACGACAUAGAGGACAUCCUUGAACUCACCUUCACUGUCAAUGAAGAAGUCUUCGGACAGGUCAGACUCUGAAAGAAAG